ACAAUGCAUAAAAAGCAAAAUCAAUGCAGAAAAGCGGUUACAAAAUGCAUAAAAUAUUAGCAUGAAAACAUGGAUUUGAGUUCCUCAAUCAUCCUCAUCCAUCACGUUCUUCGUGCUUCAUUGGCUCCCAUAGGCCUUAAGGCCUUAACCACAAAUAAAAUAAAAUGAAACAUAUAAAAAUAGAAAAAAAGGGGGAGAAAAAGAGCAUUUUUUCCAAUGAGAAAGGAAGUCUUUAUGGGCUUUUUCUUUCUUUUUCUUCAGGUUCUUUUUCUCUCUCUUUUUUGCUUUUUCCAACUUUCUGUAGUGAUUUGUGGCAUUUUUACUAGACUUUGAAAAAAGCUCCUUUUUUUCUUCUUUUCAUUUCUGGGUCUAUUAAAGAUAGUUUUGUAGGUUAUUAUUAUGAGUUAAAUAGAUUCGAAGUUGAAAGAAAAAUAGUAUGAGCAGAGAAGAUAUGGCAGCAGUAGCUAAAGAUCCAGCAAUUAAGCUCUUUGGAAGAACUAUAUCUUUGCCUGAAUCCCAGUUUUCUGACGAGUCUGAAUCUCAGGACAAUGGAUCAAGCUUGAUGGCAAAACCAGAAGCAGAGGAGUGUAGAAAUGAGAACUCUUUAAUAAUGGAUGAGGUUGUUUCUACUGAAUGCUGCAAGGGUGAACAAUUACAAAGUUCCAUAAAGCAUCCCAUUGCAUCGCAAGCAACUAUGAAGCCGAAGGGUCACCAGGAAGACUCUGAUGGUUCUGGAGAACCAAAACCGAUGCGAAGACCAGACAAAAUCCUUCCAUGUCCGCGAUGCAAUAGUUCAGAUACUAAGUUUUGCUACUUUAAUAAUUACAAUGUCAAUCAACCUAGACACUUCUGCAAAAGCUGCCAGAGGUAUUGGACAGCAGCUGGAGGCACUGUGAGAAAUGUUCCUGUCGGUGCAGGACGGCGCAGAAACAAGCAUUUAGCUUCUCAAUACCGUCAAGUAAUUGCAUCUUCGGAUGGAGGACCCACAAUGAUGGCUGAGACAACAGAAUCAACAAAUCAACUACUAUCUUGUGAAGAAUCUUCUAGCUCUUGUACAGGUUCAAGUCCAAAUGAAAUGGUCCUGAAAUUCGGUCCCGAGUCACCUCAUUGUGAUAAUUCCACGCCAAACUUGUUAUGCGGCAGACAGAGUAAUGGUUGCUCUGAGAUAAGAGGGAUCAACAGCGAUGUUUCUUCACAGCAGCAUUUGUAUCAUUACGUUGUCCCUCCACAGACUACUGCUUCAGAUGCCCCCCAUUCAAAUGGUUCUGUGUCAUUGACAGUUCCUCGAUUUGCUGCACCUAAUAUAUCUUAUCAGAUUGUUCCUGCUGCCUAUAUGAACUGCAUUCCUGUUUGGGUUGCUGGGUCUAGAAAUAUAUCAUUAGCGGUGUCAAAUAAUGGGUGCGUCUCUCCACCAUUCUUUAGCAAUGGCAGUCGGCUGCAAGUUCUUGGUAAGCAUUCUAGAGAUACUAAUGCAGUGCACAAGGGGCGUAUUGAAGAAGGCAUUUCAGCUCCCAAAACCAUAAAAAUUCAUGAGCUACAUGAAACAUGAAAAGUUUUUCAUCUAGGAAACAUUUGGCAAGUAAGGUUUCGAACACAAAGAACACUUCAGGUUAUCAAGGACGGAGACAUGUACAGCCAGUUUCUGAUUAUGACAGAAGUGACAGCUUGAAGGUCGGAAUUCUAUCUGUUCUACGCCAUCUAACUGAGCUUGAAAAUGGUCAUGAACCUGAGUGCUGUAGAAAGAAAAGGCUUUCUAGCUGAAAUGACUUGGAUUUCAUCAAUCUGACUUGGAAAAAUGCAGCUUUUCAGAAAGAAGACAAUACACAACAUCAGAAGUAUAUAGAUAUUCAGAGUUAUCAAGAUGUUGUAGUUUUUUUUAUCUCUAAAAUGGGAACUUUUAGGCAAUUCUUGACAAAAAUGAUUGCGACUUGUUAUAUGAAAUCACACAUGCUAUUGCGACUCGUUAGAUGAAAUCAUACAUGCUUUGUUUUUA